CAAAUGUUUCAGACUGGCCUGGAUGGGCAGGUAAAUGAAGGGUUGAAAAGACAGGAGAAGCUGUCAGGGGAGGUGUGAUUGAAUCCAGCUGAGCGUAGGAGCAGCCAGGUGGAUUUAAGGAUUCACUUUCACCAAAAGCUGGAGAAAUUCAACAGCACUUCAGACGGAGAAAGAGAUCUGAAUCGUGUUCUUGUGGUCGGAGAAGUGAGCUCCAAAUUUGUUACACUCUGUCAGAAUGAUAGGAGUGUCUGUGUCAGGGCUGCAGGGCCAUGAAAUAUCAGGCUCUUGGUGGAGCCUGUAGUUUUUGAAAGCCAUCAAGGAAAGAUAGACAGGGACACAGGAGGACACAACAACAUGGAAGUCUUUCAUGCAUCCAUCCAUUCCCCACUGCCUAAUCCUCUCAAGCAGGAGGGUGGUCACAGUCUCAGCAAUCAAUGGGUGGGUGGGGGGUGCACCCAGGACAGGUCUCCAGACCACUGCUGGGCCACACAUAGAAACAAAUAAGCAUUCACACCCGCAUUUACACUAAUGCUGCAUUAAGAGUAAACAACAUAAUUAUAUUGUUUUGAACUGUAGAAGGAAAUAGGAGCAACAGGAGAAAACCCAAACACAGGAAGAACACACAAGUCUAGUAAAGCAGUAACCUUGUACUACCCAGUAUCCCACUGUGUGGCCAUGUCAGUAAAGGCAUUAGGAGAAAACUAAAGUGAACUACUUGUCAUUGUAACACAGCACACCGCUGCACACAAUAAAACAUGACCUCUGCAUUUUACCCAUCAACAAAGAGAGCACAAUUGUCUAAUGCAGUCGCUUAGGGGGCAGAGAAAGAAGACAAGAAAAGGUAACAACAACUAAAAAGAAUCUUAUAAUUAAAAACGUGUAUAACCAUUUGCCCAGCUUACCCAAAUGGCACGUAAUAUGGAAUUGUGGGAUUUUCACGUUUCCGAUGCUACAUGAAUGCACCUCGUGUGACAACUACAACUUCAGCGUGACGACGUCACAACCUGUGUACCUCUGGCAGUCGACACCUGGUAUCAAGAUGCUCUGCUCCUCGUGCUAGCGUGUAGCUAGCUAAAGCAUAACGGACAGGUUUUUGACCGUGCUGAAAACAUAUUCGUUAACAAUUGUCUUACGCUAAACAAAUGUGACACUGGUGCUCGUCAGAUGCCUCCUCCCUCACUAUGCCCCGACACCUUCCAGACUCUGUGCCCCUCUGUGAUGUUUGCCUACAUUUCACCGACGUCCUUUGUUGUGACAUAUGGCCGCGUCAAGGAAAGACUCAUCAGUCCCUGUUUGAAGUUUUCCCCAACUACCUCUGUCUGUCUCUGUGUGAGGGUCCCCUGGUCAGACGUGUAGGCAGAGGGAGAGAACACAGCUGCUCCUGCUGUCGCCGGUCAACCUGGAAUACAUGAAUGUCAUGUCAGCAGACCACCUGUCAGCUCCCCGUCCAGUCCCCCGGUCUCCUGGUCUCCUCAUAUGGACGCAGCUUCAUCUGGAGAAAAGGUCGAGAAAAGAGAAAAAGUCCCAUGAUCUCUGCCAGUGAUGCCGAGUUCCCGCGGGACUACCACACCCUGGCUGCCGGGGGCACCCGUGGGGCCCGCAGGUUUGCCGAAAAUGCCAAUGGGGGGUUCACAUCCUCCUCCCUGGACCGCCGCCACAACUCUGUGGCUGCCAAGAGCCUGGAGGCCCUAAACAGCAUCCACAAGGCGGACAUAGAGCGGCAGCGGGACGCAUUAGUGGACCUCCAAAAGAACAAGUUCUCCAACAGUUCUGGAAGCAUGUCCCAGGGAUCUGCUGCAGGAACUGCUGCUGCUGUCGGGCGACAGCAACAGCCAAACUACUGGAGCUUCAAGACUCGAACACCACGUGUGACGCGACUCAGCCCCACAAAGCCGGCUCUCGCUGACCAAGCCAACAGGGUAUCCUUCGCAUCUGCUGAAAAUCUGGAAACCAUGUCAGAUUCAGAUAUUCCCAUAGGCUUCAACAGAAUGAACCGGCUUCGUCAGAGCUUGCCACUGGCCCGCUCGUCCAGCCAGGCCAAGCUGAGGGCGCCAGGGAUCUUGUUCCUCCAGCUCGGGGAGGAGACCCGCAGGGUCCACCUGACCCAUGAGCUGACCAGCCUGGACACACUGAGGGCUCUCAUCGUGCACAUGUUCCCCCAGAGACUCACCAUGGCCAUGCUCAGGUCUCCCAGCACAGCUCUGCUGAUUAAAGACCAGACCCGUAAUAUCUUCUACGAGCUGGAAGACCCACGAGACGUUCAGGACCGCUGCAUCAUCAAGAUCUACUGUAAGGAGCCCAUCUACGGCACCUACCCUGGACACCACAGCCCACAUCUGGCUAAUGGAGACCUGAGGAGAGAGAUGGUGUAUGCACCCCAGGACUCUCCACCCAACCGCCGCCUCAGUAACCCCCACAUGUCUUCCCAGCACUCGUCCUCCUCGGCUUCACCUCCUCAAGGCUCUCCUUCCCGUGCCCGCCUCCUCUACAGCAGUGGCAGGCCUUCUUCGUAUGCCGGGCCACCACACAACACUCACUCCCUUCCCCACCCGCAUUCCCAGGCUCAUCACUCUUCUCCCCACCAGCAGCCACAGCUCCACCAGCCCCACCACACGCCCUUCUGCACCUCCUCCAGUGCCAUCCUGGAGCGCAGGGAUGUGAAGCCCGAUGAUGAAGUGGGGGGUUCCAGGAGCAUGGUGCUGCUGAGAGGAGAUGACCGUGGCGGCGGAGGGAUUUAUGCAGACCCUUACUCUCUGGGACCAGAAACAAGUCGAUUGAGUCUUGCAGCAGGUCCUCACUCCCCUUUGCCGGCCAGAGCUGACCCAUAUGGCUCCUUAUACCGCCGUGGAGGAGGAGGAGGAGGAGGAGGCGUUCCAGGACCUGGAUCAGUGAGAACACUCACUUCCUAUUCAGCAGCCGCUUUACAAGGGGAGCUGAUGGAAAGUGGUGCCCUCUACAGGCCUGGAGGACCCCUCUACAAUGACGCCUAUGCUGCCUCCAUGUUGGCCAUGGGGCUCCGGGUGCCUCCACCUUCCUCCCCUCAGAAGAUUCCUGACAUGAGGGAUUCAUAUGCAGGCACCUUACCUGGACGUGGUUCUCCAGGCCGCCAGAGUCUAAGGAGGGACUCUCUGACCUCCUCUGUGUUUGGGGACAGUCCUAAAGCUCGUGGUGCUGGACAAGGGCUGGGUCUCACCUCAGAGCAGCUCUGUCUGAUGGCUGGUCCUGGAGGAGAAGGAGGCAGUGUUGGAGGUUUUGGAUCACCUCUGCUGGGGAACGAGACAGAGACCAGGGAGCGUAUGGAGGCCAUGGAGAAGCAGAUAGCCAGCCUGACUGGACUGCUGCAAAGAGUCCUGAGCCGAGCACCUGAAGCAGACAGCCCGGAGAAGAUUGAAUCAGCCAGCGACUGCUCAGGAACUGACACUGGACGAACUAAAAAAAAGAAAGCUUUGACACCGUCUGCUCCUUUGGCCCUAAUGCCCCCUCCUUCCUCGGGGGCCAACCAGCCUGUGACUGUGUCGCGUCUCCAGAUGCAGCUCCAUCUGCAGGGCCUGCAGCAGAACACUGUCGCGCUGCGCAAACAGCUGUCGCAACUGCGCAACAUACAGUUGGAGAACCAGGACGUGGUCCUGUCCCUGCUGAAGCAGACAGAAUCAGAGCUGAGCCUCAUGAUGCUGGAUGCCACACGCACCCAGGAAGACCCUCUGCAGAGACAGCGCCUCCUGGUGGAGGAGGAGAGACUCAAGUAUUUGAACCAGGAGGAGCUGCUUAUCCAGCAGUUGCACGAUCUUGAGAAAUCAGUGGAGGAGCUGCAGAGGAAUUCAUCCGUCAACCACGGGCUGGUGACAGAGCAGGACGUGGAGCAGAAGAGCAAAGAACUGAGGAUGCUGGGAGAGACGCUGACAGAGCUGAAGAAUCAGUUUCCCAGCCUGCAGAGCAAGAUGCGGGUGGUGCUGAGGGUGGAGGUGGAGGCUGUGAAGUUCCUGAAAGAAGAGCCUCACCGUCUGGAUGCCCUGCUCAAGCGCUGCAACUCUAUGACCGAUGCACUGAGCACACUGCGCAGUGUUCCCUUUCCCUCUUGUAUGUACAGACAAGUCACACAGGGAGUGUGGAAGGGCCAUGACGACCUCUCCAACCAAUCACAGAAGAGAACCGAGGAGGGGAGUCGCGGCUCGGACAUGGACAUCCUAAACAGCCCUCCUCUUAGCCUCACAGACCUCAGCACCAGCACCGGUCUGGCCAACUGGAUGCCUGUGUCCUCAGGCGAGACUGAAACAUCAGCCCCAGAACAGGACACGCAGACGUCACUGUCCUUCAGAAAUCGAGUCCUGGAUGAGCUGCCAAGCCGACGCCCUGCUGAUAAGUCUGUGUCGGCCGAAGUCAGACUGGCAGCAGAGCGGGACUGGGAGGAGAAGCGUGCCAGUCUGACCCAGUUCAGCGCCCAGGACAUCAAUCGUCUGUUGGAAGAGACCCAGGCUGAGCUCAUGAAGGCCAUCCCCGACCUGGACUUCGCUGCCAAGCACAUCAGCAAGCCCGUGGUGCCGCCUAAGCCUCAGAUCACUAUCCCAAUAUCCUCCACCGCAGCGACCUCUACUGCAGCCAGCACCACUGGAACAACAACAACCCCCACCCCCCCCACCACCACCACCACCACCACCACCACCACCACCACCACAACAACACCCACACCCAGCGGGGAGCAGCAGCCUAGUAAAGUUCAGCUGGCUGCACAGAAGCUCAAUAGUAUGGAGGGGGCUGGUUCACAUCGGGGGUCUGUGGACCUCAGCCCUGCUCGGUACCGCACAGAGAAACCCUCCAAGUCUCCACCACCGCCUCCACCACGACGAAGCUUCCCGUCGGCCCACGGCAUCACCACCAACCGCACUGGAGAAGUUGUAGUCACCACAAAGAAUCCAAAAGUGGAGGAUGAGGGUGAUAUUCCCAAGACACUUGUGAAGCUGAGGCGCAUGCCGUCUGACGCCCCUCGUCCAGCAUCAACACCUCCUGUGAUCGCAGCGACUGCGAUUCAGGAUGAGGAUGACGAGGAGAAGAUUAUCGCCGAGCUGGAGAUAUUUCAGAGAACAACAGUAAAAGGUUGUAGUAAAGCAUACAGAAUCCUGCCAAAGGCUCCACCCAUCCAUCACUGCACCUCCAGAACCCUGGUCAGAAAGAACAGCAGCAACUCUCCAGGACCAACCAAAGGUCCAACAGUGGCAGCCAGACUCAAACACCUGCAGCAGAGCAGCCUGGAAAGACCCAAAGGCCGCAAACAGAAGGAAGAUUUCCCCAAAGUGCAGGGCCAGCAGCAGAGUGGAAGAGCAGCUGAAUAAGGAGAGGUUUUCUCUGUGGUAGCUGGAACAUUUUGAGCAGCUCUGAGAUCACAGCAUCAUUUCUGCCUGUUUCCAGCUCAGCCUCACAUUCUCCAUCCUCCCUCCUCUUUCUUUUCUCCCCCCUCUCUCUACUCCUUAAAGAUGCAGCAGAAAUGUCCCCCUCUCUGGUGGAUAAUCAGCGAAAACACAAACACUGCCUUGAGGUUUAACAUGAAGUAAAAAUUACAUUUUUAUGGAUAUAAAUUUUGAUUUUUGUCUUGUUUUUCUUUUUCCUUCCCUCUCAUCGCUUCUUGGUACAAUGAAUUCGUCUGGCCUUUGUUUUUUUAUGCGCUUUUAAACCAUUAUUUCCCCCCCUUUUAUGGGCAGUGCUGAGCAUUUGUCAUGGAGUGCUGUCUCUCCCGCCACAGAAAUUCUGCUUGUUAUGCUUUUUUCCCAUUUUGCAGCUUGUCACAUCACUCUUUGUGCCAGCCUUCUUCUCUCUCCUCUGUAUUCUGCUGCUGCUGCUGCUGCUUAGCUUCCUUCAUCCUCUGUCUGCCUCUCAGGUCUCAGCUGGACUAAUUACGUGAGGAGUGUGUUCUGGGAACAUUUGGACUUCUAGUUCAGACCUUGAAGGCGUGAGAUCACUGUCAGUCUUUACUGUAAAGUCACAACGCAAAGACAUUUAGUUUAAAUAGAAAUGAAUAUUAUCCAAGUAGAGGUGAGUGUAGUCGUCUUUUCUAGCUGCGUUUUUCUCUCCCUACAUUAUGCACUUCCAUCAACCACCACAGCUAACACAUCAAGCUGGUCAUCACGUCUAUGUGGAGCCCACGGGGUGGUAUUUUACUUGGUGUGGACCACAUGUUUUCCUUUAGGUCCCAUUUUUGGAGAAACAUUUCAAUGCUGUCAAAACAUCUAUUACUGUAUCCCUCUCUACCCAUUUAGAGUAGGAUUUGAAAAAAAAUUGGGUGUGUUAAGUGAAAUCAAAAAAUUGCAUAGCAACUGGAACUUUGGGAUGACUCAAAUGUAGAGAGAGCUAGAGUCUAGUUUCAAAUGAACCUGUAACUAAAAUAAUCAGAAGUAGACCACAGUGAUUUAUUUUUCAUUUCUUCCGCAAGUUCUUCAAGCCACUAGCUAGAAGUACAGCAACUUAAAAUCUGGAGUCUGUAGUUAAAUAAAAAAGAAGUGACUUUUAUGGGGAAGGUCAGGGUCAACUCAGAGUAGAACAGAUUCAGGUCAGUUAUGUCUAUAAAAGGAAAACUCUCAUUGUCUCGUGGUAUAUAAAAAAAAAACUUGUAGAAAAAAUGUAGUGAAAAAGUUUUCACAUUUUUGCAUUGAGUAUCAUUAAUAUCAGUAACCUUGACACUGAUCAGAAAUACUCAAUAUUUAGUAGAAUAAAAUAUUAAGGACAGGUUUUUUAUCAAAAGUCCAAUUUUUGAAUGGCUGCUGCUGUGAGUCUUCAGAGUUAUUUUAACUGCAUUCUUCCUGCAUACUUUUUCAUAACACCUCUUGGUCACUUCAACAUGCCUGUUUUGUACAUACAUUGUUCAGAAAAAGAAAUACAAACUGGAAGAAAAUGUUAUUUUUCCAGCUAUUUUAUUUUUCUUAAAACUGCUUUGUUUUACAAGCCCUCUCGCCCCCCUCUCCUAAAUCCUGAAUGUGCCACUUUUUGGAAUUAUGGAAAAUUAGUUUUAUGUAGGUGAACUUUAAAAAAAAAAACAACAACAACAACAAAUCUACAGCAUAAUGAUAAAUUAGAAAUUCUUUGUCCACGGUUACCUCGAGCCAACUUCGUUUGCGUGUGUUUUACCAAUGAGAGAAAUCACAUUUCGAGGGCUGUUCCUCAGUAUAUUAUAAACACAUUUUAUGGAAUAAAGUCUUAUUAAUCUUACAAAUACCCUGAAAUGCUAGCACAAAGAACAGACGCGCGCAAUGGAAGUAUAACUUUAACCGUGUGGCAGAUACAGUAUAUUCUAUGUAUAUUCUAUGACCAUGUAGUUUUAUUUUGAAGAGAUUGCUUUAUUAACAUGUACAAAAGAAGAAACAAUGUCAUCUAUGUUUUAUAAGAUUAAGCUUUUUUUGUAUUUUUAUACUUGAAGAGGACUCAUUAGCACCUAACACUUUUAUUCUGUAAAGUAUUGUUGAUUUUCCCCCGUGUUUAAGAUAUUCUUUUCUUCUGCUGAUCAUUACCAUUCUACUGUAGAGAGCGGUCAGCGGAGGCAGAGCGGGAGGUCCUCCCACAGUGUGCACUAAAAAAUGUUAUGUCUAAAUACUGUAAAUGUACGAGAAAACGAGAAAAAAAAGCACAUAACCUCACUAAUGAAACGCCUCAUUCUGUCGCUGUUUUCCUCUACUAUAUAACCAAUAGUGUACGUACACAACACAGAUUAUAAAGUCUAAUCUAUAGUGAUGGUUCCUUGAUGAAUGUGUGAUUGUGGAUGUUAAAUCAUGUAUAUACAGUAAACACAAAUAUUAUAUUACAGAUACAGUUUUAUGUGAAAUUGUUUUUUUUAGAAAGAGGAGAAAAAAAUCCAAAUGGCAUGCAUACUGUAUACAUUCCUGCAAAGUCUGCACGCUGGGUCUCAUUUUACCGUCAAUAAUUCUGUGUAUACGUGUGAGUACGAUAGACAGAGUCCAACUGAAUUGUACAGUAACCUAGAUUUUGUAUUCUGUUGAAAAUGGCUGUGUACCAUGAAGGAAAAAAACAUGUCAUUCUGACAGACGAGGAGUGAUGCUUGCUGUGUGCGCUACUGUAGGUGUUGUUUGUUGUCAUGACGAAGAAGGAGAUCGUCUACCACAGAGUCAGUGUAACUUAAUGACCAACUAAACAACAUGCAGCCUCGUGUAUGGAAGUGAAAAGUUGCUGCUACAUGUGAGGAAAAAAAAUACAAACCAACCGGACAGGUUGCUGCUUUUGUACGUUCUGUUGUGAUUUUGUGACAAUAAAGGUGGACCUCUUCUAUACACUA